AUGCUAUUGCUCCACCAAACCGGUUCGGUAAAGGUGGGAGAGGUAGUCCGGUAUACCUUGACAUACACUCCGAGCCUUGACCGUAUCCUCCCGCCGCCGACCAAUUUGCAUGUCAAGAUUAAGAACACCUCGGCCGUUCCGUUGCGUGCCGCUUACCUCCACGGUCCAUAUACUGUCUAUGUCGCCUGCUACCCGUCCACUUAUGACCCAAGCAAGAAUUUUACGAAGACUGCUGCCGUGGAAGGUGCCCCGGACUUUGAGCCACAACUUAAGGCUGGCGGUACCUGGCACUCCAAGUUGCUUGUGCCAGAGGAAGUACGGCAGGAUGCCGACCAAUCUUUCUUCAUUGGGGAAUCAGGAAGGGAACGCAAGAGCUUCACAUGGAUCAUAGAAGUAGCAUCGCAAGUUCUAUUCUCUACUACGGCAGCCGUACACUUCGAGGUACUCGUGGGCCGGGAUGCAAAGUCGGUAGAGUUGGGUUUCCACGGAGUAGUCGGGUCAGGCCAAGGCGCUCCUGGGAGGCUCGAAGACCAUCAGCAGGGCCGUACGCGUGAUGCCGCACAACCGAAAGGUGUCUUCUCCAAGGCAGUAAGGCUGGACGUGGAUGACACCGAGAGUCUGUGGAACACGCCUGCUUUCCCUCGCAGGGACAAUGACGGAAAGGAUGCGACGGAGCAGCCUUCCCAGCAUGGCGACAAGCGCGAUGUGCACGCGAAACUGGAGAAGAAGACGCAGAAACAGAAGAAGAUCCACUUAGUCCUGGUGACCCACGGCUUACACAGUAAUCUGGGCGCGGAUAUGCUGUAUAUGAAAGAGAGCAUUGACACGGCAGCCAGACAAGCCAAGGAGAACGCACGCAACCGGAGAUCCCAUGCGAGGGCAAAACGAGCUGCUGCAGCUGGCGGCCGAAACGCUGUCGAUGAGAGAGCUGCCUCGGCCCCGGACAUCGCUCUUUCGCCGACUGUCAAGCAGCUUGAGGACGAAGACGACAGUGAGUCGGACGACGAGGAGACCCUAGUGCGAGGGUUCAACGGUAAUGCCAUCAAAACCGAGAAAGGCAUCCAGUAUCUGGGAAAGCGUUUCGCUAAGUAUGUGUUGCUUCUCACCUACCCGAAUCAGCCAUAUUUGCCAGUCAAGAGCUCGAUCUCAAAAUCUAUCACUCGAUCUUUGACGGGCUCAAAGCUUGGAAAAGGCGACAAAUCCAAAGACCGGCUUGCCACUGAGGAUUCUGGUGAUCGAAAGCCUAUCCACAAGAAUAGCUCCAUCAUGAAGGACGACAAGCACACUCAUCACAAGCGUGAUCUGCCCUAUAAGAUCACCAGUAUCAGCUUCAUCGGGCACUCGCUGGGCGGUCUGAUUCAGACGUAUGCCAUAGCGUACAUUCAGAAACACUCCCCAGACUUCUUCGACCUGAUCAAGCCUGUCAACUUUGUGGCGUUGGCAACGCCAUUUCUGGGCUUGAGCAAUGAAAACCCAAUGUAUGUCAAAUUUGCUCUUGACUUUGGGCUAGUAGGGCGAACUGGUCAAGAUCUCGGAUUGACUUGGCGUGCGCCGACCUUUGCGAAAAACAGCUGGACCACCAUGAUCAGUGGACUUGGUGUCGACACACAGAGAGACAAGCAGGAGCCUGACCCAUCCUCCAAACCGCUCCUGAGAAUUCUGCCCACCGGUCCUGCAUACGUUGCGCUGAAAAAGUUCCGCCACAGAACAGUGUACGCCAAUGUAGUCAACGACGGCAUUGUGCCCCUGCGAACAUCGUGCUUGCUGUUCUUGGACUGGCGAGGGCUUGGCCGUGUCGAAAAGGCUAGAAGAGAGAACGGCCUUGUUGGGACUAUGUUGGAAUGGGGCUGGUCAGAGAUGACAGGUCAGAAUGUUAGCGCCGCCAGGAAACCGAUGGCCUUCCAUGAUCUUUUCAGUGACGAUGAUCAUGACCCGAACAAAGCCGCGCCCUCAGAAUCGGAAGCAAUAAAUGAUCCAGCCUCCAGCGUCCCGCAAGCAGAAGCUAGCCAAGGUUUCGACGAUGCCGACAGGACCGAUCCCGACAGACAUCAGUUCUUGGACAGCAAGCCACUCCAAGAUGAAGUCUACAAGAGAGGAAGUGACAACGCACAACAGGCACCGGUAGAGCAGGGAUCCAAUCUUUGGAGCGGACUGUUGUCAUUCUUCCGACCGCAAGCUGGAAAGCAGAAAGCUCAGCCCAAGCCCACCAAACAACAGAAGAUCUAUCACCGGGGCCAGACUAUGAAGCUCGGUCAAGAAAGUGGCGAUUCGAGUUCGCAAGAAAGCCAGAAUGGCCGAGAGUCGCGCAAGCCACGGGUUAGGGGCCCGUCACUAUACUCCGCCAAAUCCGGCGACGGAAAUCUGGAAGCGCCGCCCAAGACUACAGUAUUCGAAUCGGCAGGCGACCUUCUGCACCCGCCACUGCCUCCCAAAGAUUUUCUCCUGGAUCCUGGGGCACGACCAAGAACGAUCUUCCACGACCGUAUAUAUCACCCGGACGAUAUUCCAGCGCCUCCUACUAAGCGUCAGCGGACCUUUUUGAGAAAGCCACCAUCGCGUGAGAGCUCAAUGUCAGUGUCCAGCACUGGCCAAACCAGUGUGACUAGCCCUCGGCCACCCUCGCAACAGAGCGAUUCAUCAGAAGUGGGCUCGAUGCGCAUUGAAGAGAAGAUUGCACGUGCGUAUCAUAAAGACCUCACAUGGCGCAAAGUGCUCGUCUGCCUCGAGCCAGACGCCCACAACAACAUUAUUGUUCGCCGCAUGUUUGCCAAUGCUUAUGGCUGGCCAGUGGUGCAGCACCUCUGCGAUACGCAUUUUGGCUACACGGAUACGGCAUAUACUCGCGACGAAGACAUCGAAUCCGAAGAGCGCGCCAAGCCACCAGAGGAGGCGGUGCAUGCUCACGGCGAGCAUGUUUCCGGCCAGCGUGACCCGCCUAAAGAGGAUCACCAGCCUCGAAGCAAGGAGAAGAAGCCAGAGAAGUCCGCCACCAUGAACGACAUGGGUGACCUCCCCUCCACGCCCACCGAUAUCGAUAAGCUCCGCGACGAGCUGCAAAAGUCGCCUUCGCCCCCGUCGGCUGCUACGGGGCCCAAGUCUCCAAAUCGACAAUCACGUACCGCUUCCGAAGCGCGUGAAGCUCGCGACGAGGUGUCGGACCUUGUAUCACGUGUGACAGCCACAGGAGCGGCAAGCGAUAGCUAUUCAAGCAUGAACUCAGGCCGGACGGCAUUGAGGCAGCUCGCCAGAAGAGACAGCGCACGAUGGAGCGACCGGUUCUUUGAGGACGACGAGGAGAGUGAGGACGAUGAAGAGUACGUAGAGGAGUUGCGCAAGGCGAAGGAGCGCGGCGAUUACCUCACCAGAGAGGAGCUGCGCAUCGUGGAGAGCGGCGAUCGCGCGAGGGACAAGAGCGCAGAGCUGGCGAAGGUUGCCAGCAGCAGGAGUGAAGGUUCGAUGAGAAGUGCUGCGGAAGGCGGCGGGUCAAAGGAAUCGGAGAAGGGAAAGGGCAAGGACGUGUCGCAGAAGAUGCUCGGUGAGGAUCAUCUGGGUGCAGGCGAGGCACCUCUGACGAGGGAGCCGGGCGAGAUGACGCCAGAAGAGCGCGAGGAGCUCUUGGAGCAGACGAAGAAGAACGCCUCCCGCGAGGACGACGAGGCAAGUAAAGUGGAUCCUCAGAUGCUGGGUCUCACGGGCGUAGGGCUAGGCAAGAGUGUCGAGGAGCAGGUGGGCGCGCCGCAGAGCCCGACCAAGGCGAAGGCUCGCCGGGAUGGCAGUGAGGUCGGGGAUGAGGGCGUCGCGGAGCAUGUGGCUGCGCGGCAGGCCGGCCAGAGUGGUUGA